ACUUCCGGCGGAUGUGGGUGGGCUCGUCCCCGGAAACGGAAGUGAACAGCCUGGCCGGCCGACUAUUGCGGGCUCAGAGGCUUUGGCAGAGCGGUUUCCAAGAUGAAUGCCAGAGGCCUUGGGUCACAGCUGAAGGACAGUAUUCCAGUGACAGAGCUCUCAGCGAGUGGGCCCUUCGAGAGCCAUGACCUUCUCCGGAAAGGAUUUUCUUGUGUGAAAAAUGAACUUUUGCCCAGUCACCCUCUUGAAUUAUCAGAAAAAAAUUUCCAGCUCAACCAGGACAAGAUGAACUUCUCCACCCUGAGGAACAUCCAGGGUCUGUUUGCUCCCCUGAAGUUACAGAUGGAGUUCAAGGCAGUGCAGCAGGCUCAGCGUCUUCCAUUCCUUCCAAGCUCAAACCUGUCACUGGAUAUUUUGAGGGGCAGUGAUGAGACCAUUGGUUUUGAGGAUAUUCUUAAUGAUCCAUCACAAAGUGAACUAAUGGGCGAGCCACACUUGAUGGUGGAGUAUAAGCUGGGCUUGCUGUGAUGCAGGGUGUUGCUGUGCGGGAACAUGGAAGUGCAUUGUUGUUGCCUUUGCUACGGUCUGAUGUACACAGCAUUAAAGAACUAACAAGGACACUUGGAA